AGGUCUAUCCCUGAAAAGAAAAUUAGUAUUUUGAAAAUGAAAAUAACUUGGAUGAAUCCUAUUCCAAAAAUAUAAAGAGGGAAAGGUAUUUAUACAAGUGUUCAAUUUUUUUGUUGUAGCAAUCUUUUUGUUCACUAUUCUCAACAAUUUAUUGCAGUGAAAUCCUGCGUAUAGUAAUAACUCAAACCCUAGUCCCUCUCCUCUCUCUUCUUCCGCAAACCUUACUGCCAUGGCGGGGGCAGCUCCAGGCCAACUCAACCUCCAUGAAUCGCCGAUUUGGGGUUCUAGAAGCGUCGAUGUUUUCCAGAAAUUGGAACAGAUUGGUGAAGGAACUUAUGGGCAAGUCUUCAUGGCUAGAGAAAUUGAAACUGGAGAAAUUGUCGCUUUAAAGAAAAUAAGAAUGGACAAUGAAAAAGAAGGGUUUCCAAUAACUGCCAUUCGUGAAAUCAAGAUUCUGAAGAAGCUGCAUCAUAAAAAUGUAAUACAACUGAAGGAGAUUGUAACUUCCCCUGGUCCUGAGAAGGACGAACAAGGGAGGCCAGAUGGUAAUAAAUAUAAAGGUGGCAUAUACAUGGUCUUUGAGUAUAUGGAUCAUGAUUUAACUGGUCUUGCUGAUCGUCCUGGGAUGAGAUUUUCCGUUCCACAGAUCAAGUGUUACAUGAAACAACUUUUGACGGGACUUCACUAUUGUCACGUAAACCAAGUACUACAUCGAGAUAUUAAAGGUUCAAAUCUUCUCAUAGACAAUGAGGGGAUGCUAAAGCUUGCAGAUUUUGGUCUUGCCCGCUCAUUUUCUAGUGAUCAUAAUGGGAAUCUCACCAACCGUGUCAUUACCUUGUGGUAUAGACCUCCAGAGUUGCUGCUUGGUAGCACAAAGUAUGGUCCUUCUGUUGAUAUGUGGUCAGUUGGAUGUAUCUUCGCGGAGCUGCUCCAUGGAAAACCUGUAUUUCCUGGUAAAGAUGAGCCAGAGCAAAUAAGUAAGAUCUUUGAGCUUUGUGGAGCUCCAGAUGAGGCCAACUGGCCAGGUGUCACGAAACUCCCUUGGUAUAGCAAUUUUAAGCCAAACAGGCCAAUGAAGAGACGUCUACGGGAGUAUUUUAGACACUUUGAUCGCCAUGCUUUGGAGUUGUUGGAGAGGAUGCUGACACUUGAUCCAACACAGAGAAUCUCCGCAAAGGAUGCACUAGAUGCUGAAUACUUCUGGGCUGAUCCGUUGCCUUGUGACCCAAAGAGUUUGCCAAAGUAUGAAGCAUCACAUGAAUUCCAAACAAAGAAGAAACGCCAACAGCAAAGACAACAUGAAGAAGCAGCAAAACGCCAGAAACUCCAGCAUCCACCACCACAUUCUCGUCUUCCUCCCAUUCAGCAAUCUGGUCAAUCACACGGUCAGAUGCGGCCUGGACCUAACCAGCCCAUUCACGGUUCUCAAUCAUCAGUUCCUGCAGCUCCCGGCCAUCACUAUGGAAAACCUAGAGGGCCCGCUGCCGGAGGCCCGAACAGAUAUUCCCAGAGUGGAAAUCCCAGCGGUGGAUAUAAUCACCCUAACCGUGCAAGUCAAGGUGGCAGUGGUGGUGCAGGCUACGGUAAUGCUCCCUACCCACAACAAGGACGUGGCCCACCUUAUGGUUCAAGUGGACCACGUGGUGGUGGGACUAGUGGUGGCUAUGGGGCAGGUGCACCUAAUUUUCAGCAAGGUGGUGCUCCUUAUGGUGGUUCAGGAACUGGUCGAGGCUCGAACAUAAACCGUAAUCAGCAGCAGUAUGGUUGGCAGCAAUGACGAUACUAACCCUAGAGGUGGUAGAAAGGUUCAUGCUAUAGGAUGAGCAUCGAAAAACUAAACCACCAUAUUUUUUUUCAAGUGUCCAAAGGAUUCGAUCAUGGGCCCGAACUUGGAAUUAUGAAAUAAAAGGAGCUAAGGUUCAAUCUAACUAAAGGGGAUUCUUCUGGCAGUGGAGAACAUUGAGGAUCCAAGCUACAACAAGUGUGUGGGCGAGACUCGUUGAUGAAUUUAUCAGUGUAUUUGUACAAUUAGGACAUUUUAAUGGUUAUUGUGUCAAUAUUUGUUGCAUUUCAGAUUUUGAUGAUUGAGCUUUAUAUAAGAAGUAAAAGGAGGUGAUCAGCAUGUGCUUCUGCAUCAGAUAGCCUGCUGAGCCGAGCUAUUCAGACAUUAAGUAUGUGCUUCUGCAUCAGAUAGCCUGCUGAGCCGAGCUACUCGCUUCCCCUUUCUUCUGCCUAGUUUCUUUGGGCUGAUGUAAGGUCCUAAUGUUUAUGUUGUAUGAAAUUCAAAUACAAAAUCAUUUUUUUCAUUUA